AUGCUCAUUCUCUUCUACCUUAAGGAUUUGGAAGACGCUAAUCCGAUGUCGAUCACUUUGCGCCAUGUCGUUCGCGCCCAGAGAGCGCUGUUGGCUGCUCGACAAAUGCCUCGUCUCUGUACUCCGGUUAGUACCACUGCUGUUCGAGCACUCCCGAGCACUCUAGACGAUGGUGCGAACAAAACUCAUGAUCACUCUCUUCAUUUCAAGCUCGAACGCUAUUUCGCUGCAGCAAUGGUGCCACUGUUUCCUGCUGCCUACUUCAUUCAUGGUCCUGUGAUGGACGCAGUGCUGACCGUUGCGCUCACCCUCCACGUCCAUUGGGGAGUGCAAGGAGUCGUCAAUGACUACGCUCGUCCGUUUGUGAUUGGAGAUACUCUUGCAAAGACUGCUCGAGCUUGCGUUUACCUCAUCACGGCUGCUCUUCUCGCAGGCCUUCUUCACUUCAACACCAACGAUGUUGGACUCACAGAGGCUUUCCGAAUGGUGUUUGAACUCUAA